AUGGCCACGCCCUCCCAGCCUCUCGCCGGCCUGCCGCAGCAAUGGCAGCUCGGCCUCCUGGCCCUUCUCCCUGUCCUUCUGGUGUCCUCCUACUACCUCCUCCUCGCGAGCAGAAGCAGCUGGCGCCGUGGCAGCGGCUCGGCGUCGGCCAGGCUGCCGCCGGGCCCCUGGCAGGUGCCGGUCCUGGGCAACCUGCACCUGCUGGGCCCGCUACCGCACCAGAACCUCCGGGACCUGGCGCGGCGGCACGGCCCCGUGAUGCUGCUGCGGCUGGGCACGGUGCCGACGCUGGUGGUGUCCAGCGCGGAGGCGGCGCGGGAGGUGAUGAAGGAGCACGACGUCGACUGCUGCAGCCGCCCCGCCUCGCCGGGGCCCAGGCGUCUCUCCUACGACCUCAAGGACGUGGCCUUCGCGCCCUACGACGAGUACUGGCGCGAGAUGCGCAAGCUCCUCGUCGUCGAGCUCCUCAGCAUGCGCCGCGUCAAGGCCGCGUGGUACGCGCGGGAGCAGCAGGUGGACAGGCUCGUCGCCAACCUCAGCCGCGCGGCCCCGGCACCUGUGGAGCUGAACGAGCACAUCUUCGGCCUCGCCGACGGCAUCGUCGGCACGGUGGCGUUCGGGAACAUCUACGGCACGGAGCGGUUCGCGCGCAGGGAGCGCUUCCAGCACGUGCUGGACGAGGCCAUGGACAUGAUGGCCAGCUUCUCCGCCGAAGACUUCUUCCCCAACGCCGCCGGCCGACUCGUCGACCGCCUCAUGGGCCUCGUCGCCCGCCGCGAGCGCAUCUUCGGGGAGCUCGACGCCUUCUUCGAGACGGUCAUCGACCAGCACAUGGACCCCGCGCGCGCCGUCCCCGACAACGGCGGCGACCUCGUCGACGUCCUCAUCGGCCUGUGGAAGGGGCACCGGGGCACGCUCCGCUUCACCAGGGACCACGUCAAGGCCAUCAUCUUGGACACGUUCCUUGGCGGCAUCGACACGAGCUCGGUGACCAUUCUGUGGGCGAUGUCGGAGCUGAUCCGGAAUCCGCGGGUGCUGAGGAAGGCGCAGGACGAGGUGAGGGCCGCGGUGGGCAGCGACAAGGCGCGCGUGGAGCCCGACGACGUGCCCGGGCUCCCGUACCUGAGGAUGGUGGUGAAGGAGACCCUGCGCCUGCACCCGCCGGCGACGCUGCUGCUGCCCCGGGAGACAACGCGGGACGUCAGGAUCUGCGGGUACGACGUGCCGGCGAGGACGCGCGUGUUCGUGAACGCGUGGGCCAUCGGCAGGGACCCGGCGAGCUGGGCGGACGCGGAGGUGUUCGACCCGGACAGAUUCGAGGCGAGCGAGGUGGACUACAACGGCGCGCACUUCGAGCUGGUGCCGUUCGGCGCCGGGCGGCGGAUCUGCCCGGGGCUGGCCAUGGGCGAGACCAACGUGACCUUCACGCUGGCCAACCUGCUCUACUGCUUCGACUGGGCGGUGCCGGAGGGGAUUGCGCCGGAGGACGUGAGCAUGGAGGAGACCGGCAGGCUCACGUUCCACCGGAAGGCGCCGCUCGUGCUCGUGCCCACCAGGUUUCGUCAGCAAUAGUAGACAGUCCCAGUCAGAGCUGAAGAAGACGAUGGCAUCCUAGCUAUUUAUCUGCAUUGUGCGGCAUAAGACUUUGGAUCAGUGUUCUAAAUAGCGGGCUAUAGCGAUCCUAUAGCGCGAGAUUUAGCGGCAUUUAGCGCGCUAUAACGGGCUAUAGCGCGCUAUAGCGGGAUUUUGGAUUGCU